AUGCUGCGAUCGCGCCGCUUGCUUUUCCUCCUCAUUCUCCUUGCCAUAUUCGCGACGAGCGUGUACCUCCUGCGCAACCAGGACUCUUUCGAAGAACUACCGGGACUCAGCAACCCGCUGCAUGACUUCACUAAUCCACUCCGCGGCCACCAUGCUCACGAAGAGAAUCCACCGCUCCUCCCUCAGCGGUCCCUCACCCACCCCAUCCACCGGCUCAUCACCGAUGCCGAGAGCACGUUCCAGACGGUGCGCGCGAGACAGUCGCGAUCGCUGGCGGAUGCGGUAGCAGAAUACAGGCGGAGGUACAAGGUGCCUCCGCCGCCACACUUUGACAAAUGGUACAACUUCGCAAAGAGGAGGGGCGUCGAGCUGAUCGACGAGUACGACACAAUAUACCACGCGCUGCUACCCUUCUGGUCUCUCAAGCCCUCCGUCAUUCGCGAGCGGACCCGAGAAGCGAUCGGAUUCGACAACGCGCUGAUCGCAGUCAUGAUCCGCAACGGCAAGGUAGUCAAGAUGGACGGAGGCGGCGAGAUGUACCAGUGGCACCGCGAUGCCACCCCCGUCAUGCUGGGCAACUUCAUCAAGUACCUGCCAGACAUGGACUUAGCCUUCAACAUCCACGACGAGCCGCGAGUUGUAGUCCAAGCCGACUCCCUAGCCCGCCACGUCUCCGCAGGCCGCAAGAACAUGACCCUCGCCUACAACAGCCCCAGCCCACGCAACUCCUUCUCGAAACGUCCCUCAGACCUUGGCGACGGCAUGCGCAUCAAAGACUACCGCACCACGCGCUUCAACAAAUUCGCCCACCAGCCCACCUGGAGCAACAGCAAGCUCUCCUGCCCCCUCACCUCCCCCGCCCGCGGCUGCAUCGACAGCGACUGCCACGUCAACAUCACCGCCUACUCCGACCAACCCCUCGGCUUCAUCCGCAACACCACCGCCUUCAGCGACAUCUGCAACAGCCCCUCCCUCGAGCACAUUCGGCUUCUUCGACCGCCCCAACGCCUUCGACUCAGCAGCUUCCAGGACAUCCUCUACCCUUCGCCCUGGUACUACAUGGACCGCGUCAAGUACGAGCCCGAGCGCGACAUGCCUUGGGCCGAGAAGAACGCCACCAUGUACUGGCGCGGCUCCACCACCGGCGGCUUCUCUCGUGAUGGAGGCUGGCGGAGACAACAUCGUCAGCAGUUCCUCAUGAAGAUCCAGCCUCAGGCCACCUCCCAGAUCCUUCAAUACACCCCCAACACAACCUCCUCAACACCCGAAAUCGGCGCAUGGGAAGUCCACUCAACCCCAAUGACCCCCUACUCAAAAUACUUCGACAUCAAAUUCACCUUCAUCGGCCAAUGCGACCCCGGCGACUGCGACGCCCAACGCGAGUACUUCGGCACCACAGACCCCGUCAACAUGUUCGACGCCUUCCAGUCCCGCUACCUGCUCGACAUCGACGGCAAUGCCUUUUCCGGUCGCUAUCACGCGUGGCUGCAGAGCAAUAGUCUGGUGUAUAAGCUCGCAGUGUUCAGGGAGUGGCAUGAUGAGUGGUUGAAGGCGUGGGUGCAUUAUGUGCCGCUGGGGUUGAGGGGGGAGGAGUAUGUGGAGAGUGUGAGGUAUUUUGAGGAGGAGGAGGGUGGGCAACAGGAAGCGAAGAGGAUUGCGAAGGAGAGUAAGGGGUGGGCGGAGAAGGUGUUGCGGAAGGAGGAUUUGGAGGUGUGGUAUUUCAGGCUGUUGUUGGAGUAUGGAAGGUUGGUGGAUGAUGAGAGGGAGGAUAUUGGAUUUGGGAUUUGA